AUGUUUGGGCCCUUUCGAUUCACAAAUCCUCUCUCGGGCGGCCUGCUGUGGAAGAUCCCCUGGCGGUUGUCGCGAUUCCAGAAGCGGCGGCACCGGCUGCGCCUGCGAGCCGUCGACAGCGUCGUCGCCACCGUCGACAGCGCACUCGCCAAGCAGGGGCAGACGCUCGAGGCUCUGCAGCGGUGGAAGGCCGAGAUGCCGACCGAGGCCGAGAUGCUGCCGCGCGACAAGUACACCAUGUUCGACCGCAAGGCGAAAAAGUAUCGCAAGGGUAUCCAUAAGCUCCCCAAGUGGACGAGGGUUUCGCAACGAGUCAACCCGCCGGGAUACUGA